AUGUUAUACACAAAUUUACUUCACAUAAUUAGUUUAUACAACAGAUUAAAAACAUUUACAUUUACUCAAAUUAAAAAAAUACCAAAAUUCAAAAAACAAGUCGAAGAAGAAACAAAAAAAAUUUCAGACCUAUUUGAAAAUGAAGUAAUUGAAAAUACUAAGAGUGAAAAAUAUGUGGUUGAACUCCCAUCACAAGGAAUUUCUCAACAUGAAUUAAUUGAAACUGUAAAUAGGUAUUUAAAUCUUGGUAAAUACAAUUGGAAAGAAGGGUUUAUUUCUGGUGCUAUAUAUUAUUAUGAUGAAGAAUUAAUCAAAUUGCUCACUGAAGUAUAUGGACUUGCUUCAUAUACAAAUCCUUUACACUCAGAUAUAUUUCCAGGAAUUUGUAAGAUGGAAGCAGAAGUUGUACGUUUAGUUUUAAAUCUAUUCCAUGGAGAUUCAAAUAGUUGUGGAACAAUGACAAGUGGUGGGACGGAAUCAAUUGUUAUGGCAUGUAAGGCUUAUAGAGAUUUUGGAAGAAAUGAAUUUGGUAUUAAAAAGGGUGAAAUAAUUGUUCCRCGAUCUGCACACCCUGCUUUUGACAAAGCUGCUGCUUACUUUGGUAUUAAAAUUAUACACAUAAGUUUACAUCCUGAUACUUUUACAGUAAAUUUAAAAAAGAUGGAAAAUGCAAUAACUAAGAAUACAAUACUGCUAGUUGGAUCAUUUCCUAAUUUCCCAUAUGGAACAUCAGAUGAUAUAGAAGCAAUAUCAGCUUUAGGUCUUAAAUAUAAUAUUCCAGUCCACGUUGAUUGUUGUUUAGGUGGUUUCAUAGCAGCAUUUAUGCCACAAGCUGGUUUUCCAUUACCUCCAUUUGACUUCAUUUUGCCUGGUGUUACAAGUAUAUCUGCUGAUACACAUAAGUAUGGAUAUGCUCCUAAAGGUUCAUCAGUUAUAUUGUAUUCUGACAAAAAAUAUAGACAUAACCAAUAUUAUGUAUGUACAGAAUGGCCUGGCGGUCAUUAUGGAUCACCAACUGUUAGUGGAUCAAGGUCUGGGGGUAUAAUUGCUGCAUGCUGGGCCACAUUAAUGUAUUUUGGUAUGGAUGGCUAUAUUACUUCUACAAAGGAAGUCAUGGAUACUAAAGUAUUUAUCGAAGAACAAUUACGUAGUAUGAAAGGUAUUUUCAUUUUUGGAAAGCCUACUACAUCUGUAAUAGCAAUAGGUUCUGAUGAUUUUAAUAUUUAUCGAUUAUCUGAUGCAUUAAAUUCGAGAGGUUGGAAUUUAAAUACUUUACAAUUUCCGAUUGGGAUUCAUAUUUGCAUUACACAUUUGCAUACAAAACCUGGUGUAGCUUCAUUAUUUAUUGAAGAUUUAAGACUUGAAUUAAUUGAAAUAUUAAAAACUCCUAAUGUUGAACUCACUGGAAAAAUGGCUAUGUAUGGAAUGUCUGCCACAUUGCCAGAUAGAACUAUAGUUGGUGACAUCACAAGAUAUUUUAUAGAUGCUAUGUAUUAUACUCCAAAAUAA